CAAUAUCCAAAAGCCCGAUGGAAAGGAAAGCGGCCAAAACCCUAGAAUCGCCUCCCCCUUUUAUGUGACCGAAGCCAGCCGCAGAACGAAGUGGUAGGAGCAAAACCCUUGCGAGAAUGGGUAUCGAUCUCGUCGCCGGUGGCCGGAGCAAGAAGGCCAGGCGCACCGCGCCCAAAUCCGACGAUGUCUAUCUCAAGCUCCUCGUCAAGCUCUACCGUUUUUUGGUGCGGAGGACCGGGAGCAAGUUCAACGCCGUGAUCCUUAAACGGCUGUUUAUGAGUAAGAUCAACAAGCCCCCAAUCUCCCUCAAGAGGCUCGCAAAAUUCAUGGAAGGAAAGGACGAUAAGAUUGCGGUCAUAGUGGGGACUGUGACAGAUGAUAAGAGGGUGUAUGAGGUCCCAGCAAUGAAGGUGACGGCUCUGAGGUUUACGGAGACGGUGAGGGCUAGGAUUCUUAAGGCUGGUGGAGAGUGCUUGACCUUUGACCAGCUCGCUCUCCGUGCACCCCUUGGGCAGAACACGGUUCUCUUGAGGGGUCCGAAGAAUGCCAGGGAAGCUGUGAAACACUUUGGUCCGGCCCCUGGUGUGCCUCACAGCCGCACAAAGCCUUAUGUCCGUUCUAAGGGGAGGAAAUUUGAGAGGGCCAGAGGAAGAAGGAACAGCAGGGGAUUUAGGGUUUAAGCCUCAUCCUAGUUAUUCCAAGGGCAAACCUAAAUGUUACUAUUUGAGUAGCAAGUAUCGUCUUUCUAUGUUUGGAAUAUCUUGGUACGUUAGGACAUGGGAAAGUGAAGUGACGCUCGACUUUUCUGUUCAUUUGAUUCAACGCUUUAACCGUUUACAUCGUUAUUUAUGAGAAAUUUUUGAUGGCUUGUUUUGUCGUCAAGUUGGUGAUGGCAUGUGUUCUGUGACUUUGGUUUCAGAAACUGGUUGAGAUUGGCAAUAUAAAUCACCACUUGCUAU